AUGAUUUCAACAAUAGGUUCUACAAUACUUCAAACAACAACUUCACCAAACUCUUUAGUUAUGAAUCCAACAUCUAUGUUAGUAGAGAUGAAAAGCUUCAUUCCUUCUUCAUAUACUUUUGAGACAGAAAUACAAAGAAUUAAGCAAGAACUUUUAACAAGUAAUUUAGACUGUAGUGCGAAAGAUGAAACAAAUGAACAGUAUCUUUAUGACAUGCAGGAUAUUAUUGACCAUUUACCCAAAUUGCCUGAAAUCCAACAACAAAAGCUCACUAUUCAUGAAUUCGAUGAAAUAGAAGUGAAACCAACUGACUCAGUAGAAAUAAAGAAGUUCAUACGUAAAGUAAACUAUGAAUUCCUUGGUUUUCAUUGCAACCAUAAAGUUAUGGACAAAGAUUGCGACAUGGUAUAUAAGAACAUCUCUGACAUAUAUAAAUCUGGGGAGUUUAAGACAUACGACAACUUUGUUUCAUUAGUUGCUGAAUGUGUAUGGCAGAUAAGAGAUAAAGAUAAAAGA